AUGGGCGCGACCGUGCUGACAGGCAUCGUGACCAAGGCUGGCGUGAUGGCCAAGACGGUCACUAUGACCGUGGCCAAAGUGAAGACACAUCCCAAGCUUUUGAAGACCUACGUGCGACACAACAAGUACUUGGUGCAUGACCCUGAGAACAAGCUGAGCAUUGGCGAGCGCAUUCGCGCGCAAGCAUGCCGCCCGCUCUCGGCACGCAAGCGCUUUGUUUUGCUGGAGAGUCUUGGCUUCGAUACCAAUGCGAGCAAUGCCUCGGCCACCUCGCCGGAAGCUGAGCGUCUGCGCCAUGAAAGGGCCGACGCAUCGAUGUCUGCCGAGCAGCGCGAAUGGAUCCGGAUCGAGCAGCUUGUGCAGGCGGAGUCGCGCAAGCGUAUGCCGAAUCGUUCGCGUGAACGCAGCGCGUGA